GGAACAGCUUCAACGCAGUCGUAGUUUGUGGCAUCUCCCAAGCGUUCAGCACAGUGGCCUGCAAAGAGGAAGCGCUCAGAGCCGACUGUCUGAAGCCUCACUGUAUCCGCCACCUGGAGAAGAGGGCGGAUCCGUGGAUUUCCCCAACUUCCCUCUCACCACAGACUUUCCCCGGAGAGGCCUGGACUGGCGUUUAGUUCUUCAGCCCCCGGAGGAAGAAGAGCAGGGACAAAUGGAGGUGACGUUCAAGGACGUGGCCAUCUUCUUGACCCAGUGGGAAUGGGGGAGCCUGGCAGAUGCUCAGAGGGAGCUCUACACCAGCGUCAUGUUGGAGAAUUACGGACAUCUACGGUCACUGGGAGCCGGGCGUCCGAAGCCUCAGUGUAUCCGCCAACUGGAGAAGGGGGAAGAUCCAUGGGUUCCCGAACCUCCAGCUCACCACAAAUGGAUUUUCCUCAAAGAGGCCUGGACCGAAGAAAUCAGGGAAGAGCAAUUGCCCGAUACAGUGUUUGCAGAAUCCCAUGGAAACGUUUCCCACCUUCCUCGAAGGGGCAGGUCCCUAAAGAAUCAGUGGAGAUCUAGGAGGAAACGAGACCGGCCGGUAGAGAGAAGGAAGGCGCAGAAGCCAGUGCCCGUGAAAGAGGAGCCCUUUGAACGUUUCAAGUGUGGGAAUCGAGAAAGUUUUGUCACGCACAUGAGGUUGCACACUGGAGAGCAGCCCUAUAAGUGUGGGGUGUGUGCCAGGAGCUUCAGACAGAAGGGAUACCUCACUUGCCACAUGAAGGUCCACUCUGGAGAUAGAAACUUCCAAUGUCCAGACUGCCAGAAGAGCUUCAAGACAAAAGGAAAACUCAACAAGCAUAAGCGAGUGCACACGCUAGAGAAGUCCUUUGAAUGUCUCGAGUGUGGGAAGGCCUUUCGCGAGAAGUACAAUCUGACAAGGCACGAGAAGAUUCACAAAGGCAUCAAACCCCAUAUGUGUCUCCAGUGUGAGAGAAGAUUCAGCGAGAAGUCCAGUCUCAUUGACCACAUCAGAGUCCACACUGGAGAAAAACCCUUCCAAUGCCCGGAGUGCCAGAGGUACUUUAAGAGAAAAGGAUCCCUGCGAGUUCAUAUGCGGGUGCACACGGGAGCGAAGCCAUAUAAAUGCCUCGAGUGCGGGAAGGCCUUCCGCCAGAAUGGCAAUCUUAAGAAGCACAAGUUGCGUCACAGAGACGUCAAACCCUGGGUGUGUCUCCAGUGUGGUAGAAGCUUCAGGGGCAGGGGCCGUCUCCUUACCCACAUGAGAGUCCACAGUGGAGAAAAACCCGUCCAGUGCCCGGAGUGCCAGAGGUACUUUAAGAGAAAAGGAUCUCUUCAAGUUCAUAUGCGGGUGCACGCGGGAGUGAAGCCGUUUGAAUCCCUCGAGUGCGGGAAGACCUUCCAAGAGAAGGGCAAUCUUAGGAAGCACGAGGGGCGUCACAAAGACCUCAAACCCUGUACGUGUCUCCAGUGUGAGAGAAGAUUCAGAGACAGCGACCGUCUCAUUACCCACAUGAGAGCCCACACUGGCGAGAGACCCUUUCCAUGUCCACUGUGUCAGAAGAAGUUCAAGACCAGGGGAUGUCUUAGAAAGCAUAUGCGGGUGCACACGGUAGCGAAGCCAUUUAAAUGCCUCCAGUGCGGGAUGACCUUCUGCCAGAAGGGCAGUCUUAGGAAGCACGAGAGGCGUCACAAAGACAUCAAACCCUGUGUGUGUCUCCAUUGCGAGAGAAGCUUCAGAGACAAGGACCAUCUCAUUACCCACAUGAGAAUCCACACUGGCGAAAGACCCUUUCUAUGUCUGCAGUGUCAGAAGAAGUUCAAGACCAGAGGAAGUCUUAGAAGGCAUUUGAGAGUGCACACAGGAGAGAAGCCCUUUGAAUGUCUCGAAUGUGGGAAGGCCUUCAACCGUAACAGUAAUCUGACGGUCCACAAGAAGAUUCACAUGGCCGCCAAGCCCCAUGUGUGUCCCCGGUGUAAAAAGAGCUUCAGAUUCAAAUGCCAGUUGGUGGCCCACAAGACACUUUACGCAGGGGGGAAGCCCUGUGAGUACACUGACGGAAAACUCGCAGCCAGAUAGGGAGUCUUCCUCCCCAAAAGAGAAUCCACAGCAGAGAGAGAUCUAGGCCCCGGGAGCAGCCUGGAUGCUCCAUCGCCGCCGCCGGGAUGGCGCUGCCUGACUUGGCGAACUCAUUCCCUCGUUCUCCGGCACGUUGGCCGUAUUGUAAGGAAAGUUGCUUGUAGCUUGAUCGAAGUUCCCGAUGUCUUGUUCUCUUUCUCAAAGCUGUCAAUAAAAUAUCUCUCUCGGUCA